AUGUCUUCCAAUUAUAAGUUCGAAGGAUGGGUAGGCCUCGGCCCUGAUGCCGCGGAGGGAAAAAUGGUCUGGCAGGAAUUCGAGCCUAAGCCAUGGGAGGAGACUGAUAUCGAUAUCAAGGUCACUCACUGUGGUAUCUGUGGCUCGGAUCUUCACACUCUGCGCAGUGGAUGGGGUCCUACCAACUACCCCUGCUGCGUUGGUCACGAAAUUGUCGGAACGGCUGUCCGUGUCGGAUCCCAGGCCGAGGGAGAUAUCAAGGUCGGUGACCGUGUUGGCGUUGGCGCGCAGAGUGGUUCGUGUCAGAACAAGGAUGGCGAUUGUGAAGCCUGUGCAUCAGGUAUCGAGCAGCACUGCGCUAAGAUGGUUGGCACAUACAACGGUACUUAUGCCAACGGGGGCAAGUCAUAUGGUGGUUACGCCACAUACAACCGCUCUCCUUCGCACUUCGUGAUCAAGAUCCCCGAUGCUAUCUCCUCUGCCGAUGCGGCCCCUAUGCUCUGCGGUGGUAUCACUACCUACUCCCCUCUCAAGCGAAAUGGAUGUGGCCCCGGAAAGACCGUCGGUGUUGUUGGUGUCGGUGGCCUUGGUCACUUUGCCAUUUUGUUCGCCAAGGCACUGGGUGCUGACCGUGUCGUUGCUAUCUCUCGCAAGUCGGAUAAAAAAGCCGAUGCGCUCAAACUCGGUGCGGAUGACUUCAUCGCCACUGGGGAGGAUGAAGACUGGGCUACCCGCCACGCUAGCUCUCUCGACUUGAUCAUUUCCACUGCCUCCUCUUCCAAGAUGCCUAUCGUUCAAUACUGUGGACUUUUGCGUGUUCGCGGUACCUUCAUUCAGCUUGGUGCUCCCGAGGAUGGUGGUCUGGAGAUCCCGGCUUUCGUCCUUAUCCUUAAGGGUAUCAAGCUCGGUGGUUCAUUGAUCGGCAGCCCCGGUGAGAUUCGGGAGAUGUUGGAGUUGGCUGCUGCCAAGGGAGUCAAGCCUUGGAUUCAGGAGCGUCCAAUGGCGGAUGCUAAUCAGGCUAUCUUGGAUAUGGAUAAUGGUGAUGCUCGUUACCGCUAUGUUCUCACGAACGAGCAGUAA